AUGGCUGCCCCUGAAGGAUACCCUCUUCUGUGUUUGGAGAACCCCCUCCUGGACAUCCAGGCCGUGGGUGACGAAGCUCUCCUGAAGAAGUAUGAUGUGAAGGCAAACGAUGCCAUCCUCGCGGAGGAAAAGCACAUGGGUCUCUAUGAGGACCUUCUCCAGAACUACGAUGCUAAGCUGAUCGCUGGUGGUGCCGCUCAGAACACUGCCCGUGGAGCUCAGUACGUCCUUCCUGAGAACUCCGUCCUUUACAUCGGCUGUGUUGGCCGCGACAAGUACGCCGACAUCCUCAGAGACGCCUGCAAGCAGGCUGGUGUCCACACUGAAUACCGUGUCGACGACACCCAGCCUACUGGAAAGUGCGGUGCGAUCAUCACUGGCCACAACCGUAGCUUGGUCACCCACCUUGCUGCGGCCAACGAGUACAAGCUUGACCACCUGAAGCAGCCGCACAUCUGGUCCCUGGUUGAGAAGGCCAAGGUCUACUAUGUCGGUGGAUUCCAUCUGACUGUCUGUGUGCCUGCUAUCCUGGCCCUUGCUGAAGAGGCAGCUGCCAAGAACAAGACGUUCAUACUCUCCCUCUCCGCUCCGUUCAUCCCCCAGUUCUUCAAGGACCAGCUUGACAGCGUUGUUCCCUACACCGACUACCUCAUUGGCAAUGAGACGGAGGCUCUCGCCUAUGCUGAGUCUCACGGCUGGGGUAUCACCGACAUUGUCGAGAUCGCCAAGAAGCUCGCUACCCUGCCAAAGAAGAACACCAACCGCCCUCGUGUUGCUAUCGUCACCCAGGGCACACUACCCACGGUCGCUGCCGUUGCCAAGGAGAACGGUGAGAUCGAGGUUAAGCAGUUCAGUGUGCGCGCGAUCCCGAAGGACAAGAUCAACGACACUAACGGUGCCGGUGAUGCCUUUGCUGGUGGUUUCGUUGCCGGUAUCGUCGAGGGCAAGUCUCUCGAGGAGAGCAUCGACAUCGGCCAGUGGCUGGCCAGUCUGAGCAUCCAGGAAUUGGGACCCUCGUUCCCCUUCCCCAAGCAGACCUACGUCCCUUCUAAGCAGUAG